UCCAAUUUUAUCAUUUACCUAAUGAUUGAUGUUGAUUUUGAUGAUUGUUAUAUUAUGAGAUUUAAAAUAGAAAAAUUGAGUUUUGUGUUCAUUAAUAUUGUUACGGUGUUAUAUAUUUACUAUUUGUUUAUAAGAUAAUCAUUUCUUUACAGUUGCUUUAAUAAUAUUUUUGUUCAGGCAUAAUGGUGUUACAAGUGUGCUGUUACAUAAUUAAUCCUCCUAGUUCAGAGUGUUCUCCUGUUCAGUCAAAUCUUCAGUUUCAUUUGAGGAAAAAAUUUGCUUGUCAACUAUGUGGAAAAGAUUUUAGUAGAAAGGAUAAUUUAAAGACUCAUAUAAGGGUUCAUACAGGCGAAAAACCAUUUGCUUGUCCAUUAUGUGGGAAAAAAUUCUCUCAUUUGUCUAAUAUGAAAAUACAUGUUUUAACUCAUAAUGAUAAAAUUUUUGAUUUGUUAUUCUGUAUUAGAUUCAUUGAUACCAUUGUGUAUGUUUUGUAUUGCAUGCUUGCUAAUGAGAAAAUCUUUUUAAAAGGUUUGGAUUACUUUGGUCUAAAUGAAGAAAAAUCAGCUUACAUCUGCUCAAUUUGUUCUUAUCCUCGUCCAACUUUGGCGUCUCUCAGAAGACACAUGCGUGUUCACGAUGAAGUCCGGCCUUUCAGCUGUCAAGUUUGUCAUAAAAGCUUUGCUUUGAAAGGAAAUCUGAAAACUCAUUUAAGGAUGCAUACGGGGGAAAGACCAUUUUCUUGUGGUUUGUGUGGGAAAAAAUUUACUAGGAAAUACAGUAUGAAAGUUCAUUUUAUGACACAUAGAAUUGAAAUAAUUACAACAACUGUAAGUGAUCAACUUCAUUUGUGUUUACACUGCUCCUUCACUGCAGCAUCUGUUGCGGAAUUUCGAGCACACAUGUGCGAGCAUCGUAGGGAUGGCCAAUAUAUAUGCACAAUAUGUCAAAAAGGAUUCAGUCAAAGGGGAAACUUGACCGUUCACAUGCGAAUUCAUACUGGAGAGCGACCUUUCGAGUGUCCUGAAUGUGGAAAGAAAUUUUCUCAUAAGUCGAACAUGAAGAUUCAUUCAAUGAUUCACAAGAAAAUAUCCCCCAUGAAUUAAUAUAAAAAUCGUGGAGCAAUUUACUGUCCCUGAUGAAGUUCAACGACCCUUUAGUUGUCAAUAUUGCCAUAGAAGAUUUACACAAAAAGGCACUUUAAAGACUCAUAUGAGAAGUCAUACGGGGGAAAAACCCUUUUCAUGCAAUAUGUGUGGAAAGAGAUUUACACGAAGAUAUAGUGUAAAAAUGCACCUUCUAAGCCAUUGUAGAUGAUAUCUGUUUCCUUGUUUUGCAUAUUAGAUAGUAGUGUUGUAUGUCUUUGAUAUUUCACUUAUAAUCAAACAUUUUUUUUCUUACUUCAUUUUAAACAUGUAUGUGUGUAAAGCACUAAAAAAACAGAAACGGACCAUUUUGAUUUAAUGAUCAGAUCUAGAACUCAAUCUUAAUAGUUUGUGGAAGUGACCUAUGCUUAUUGCGGGAGUGAAAUAUGUUAAUUAAUGAAUGCAGACAGUAUUUUAAGUUACGAAAUAAGAUACAAAAACAUAUUUUCUGUGGAUAAACAUAUAUUUUUUUUCCGACAGAUUAGUAUUUUUGACCCCCAAAAUACAGUAGGUUUGAUCCAGGACGUAUGGUUCCAAUAGUUUGGUCAAGAGAGUGUUUUAAAGUUAAGAUUAUAAUAGUGAUUAUCAUCUACCCUUGAUAUUUCAUUUUUUUGCCACAUUUCAAGAACUUUUUAAGUGAAUUGAAAAUUUUUUUCACUCAUUUAUAAAUUUCAUUUAUCCAAAGGCAAAAAUAGCUUUUAGUAAAUAUAUAUAUUUAUUUCGUUUAGUAAUAGUUGAAAAUUUUUUUAAAUUGCAAGGUAUAAAAUUUUUUGUGUUAUUUUAACGAAUGUAAUUUUAUAUGGCAAGAUACAAAGUUGGAGCAGAAUCGGAAUUGAUCCUGAGAAUAGAAUUUGUAAAAAGUCGUAUAUUUAAAUUUCAUUUUCUUAGGAACUAUUCAACUGAUUUUGCUCAAAUUUUGUAUUUUGCCACAUUCUUUAAAACGACGUAAAAAAUUUUUACCUCAGA